AUGGCAUCCGAAAUCACUGCAGGACUCCGAGAGGAGACAGCCUUGUCCAUCCUCAACCCUACGCCUACCCGGCUUCCAGGCCCAGCCUUGCUUCACCACCUGCUUAAACUGGAGCUUCGGCAGCAAGAUACGGCUAUCCAUUACCUGUCAUCCUCAUGGGACAAAACAUCGCUUACGUACGGCGAGCUACAUCGCCGGGCCGAAGUGCUUGCGUCCCGAAUCUCGAGUACACUCUGUCAGAUCUCUGGCGAGAAUAAUCUACAGCCAGAGACCAACCAUCUCAUCAUCCCGGUGCUGGUGCCGCAGUGCCCUGAACUCUAUGUCUCUCUCCUCGCCGUGCUGAAGGCUGGUGGGGCGUUCUGCCCAUUGAACCUGGACGCGCCCCCUGAUCGGGUUCAGUUCAUCCUGGGCGAUAUUUCAGCAAGGCUGGUCUUGACAACAACGGAAUUAUCGCAGAAGGUUCCGUCGGAGGAGAGCAAUGUGAUUGUCAUCGCGGUUGACGCACCAGAAGAGGCUGGCCCCGGUGACGAAGCAUGCCCAACGCCGACGCCACGGAGAGACGCGCGAGCAUCUGAUCUCGCGUAUGUAAUGUAUACAUCGGGGUCGACAGGCACCCCGAAAGGUGUCGGUAUCUCCCACGACGCCGUAACGCAGAGCCUGCUAGCCCACGACCAGCACAUCCCAAGUUUCAGCAGGUUCUUGCAGUUCGCCGCUCCAACAUUCGAUGUUUCUGUCUUCGAGAUCUUCUUUCCCCUGUUUCGGGGCGCAACGCUCGUCUGCGCCGACCGUCGCCUGAUGCUCGACGACCUCCCAGCCGUCCUGCGAGUGAUGGAUGUGGACGGCUGCGAGCUAACUCCGACCGUGGCUGGCAGUCUCCUGCGGAAGCGUGACAGCGCCUCAAGCCUCAAACUCCUGUUGACAAUAGGAGAGAUGCUCACUGGCCCUGUCGUGGAAGAGUUUGGUGGAGUCGAGCACGGCGCAGAGAGUAUGCUCUGGGCUAUGUACGGCCCUACAGAAGCGGCAAUACACUGCACCCUCCAGCCUGCAUUCGAUGCGAACUCGACAAUCAACAACAUCGGAGUCCCGCUCGCUACCGUCUCCACCUAUGUCCUGUCAAUUCCGGACGAAAGCCCACAAGUCGAUACCAGUCCCCAAGCUAUGCCACAUGAUCCUGUCAUUCUUCCCGUUGGAGAAAUGGGCGAGCUCGCUGUCGGUGGUUUUCAACUCGCCGAAGGCUAUAUAAAUCGACCAGAACAGACAGCCGCCGCAUUCAUCGAGACCAUAUCCUACGGCCGCUUGUAUCGGACUGGCGACAAGGCACGCCUCCGUCCCGACGGUAUCCUCGAGUGUUUCGGGCGAAUUUCGGAAGGCCAAGUCAAGCUGAGGGGCCAGCGCAUCGAGCUCGGCGAGAUAGAGGCCGUUGUUCUUCGAGUGGAUGGCUGUCACGGCGCUGUAGCCGGCGUUGUCGAGGGAAGAGUGCUUGUCGUCUUCUGUGAGAUGGACUCUCCGGACACGGAUCGACACUGGGCAGAAGACAAAGUAAUGGAGGCGUGCUCUUGUUGGCUGCCACGUUUCAUGCACCCAAACGACGUGGUUGUAUUCGGGAACCUCCCUCGGCUCGCCUCCGGCAAAGUCGACCGGAAGCGAUUGAUAUCCGAGUACCAGUCGUCCAGGGAUAGCGCCAAAACCAUGCUACCGCCAGGACCAACCUGUACCGACCCUCUCGAGGCAGACUUGUGCAACACAGCAGAAAAGGUGCUGGGCAAAGCCAUUUCACCCCUAGACAACCUCGCAUCUCUGGGCUUAGACUCCCUCCUCUCGAUCCAGCUUGCCUCCUUACUUCGGCAAUCUGGUCUCGCCAUCAGCACUAUCGAUGUUCUCGAGUCGCGCACGAUCUCUCAUCUUUGUUCCCGCAUACGCAGAGCUCGAAAAGACCAAGAGUCCUCGUCGGAAGUUCUACUGGAACACAUCAACGUCGAGUUGGAGUUGGAAUACGUCCUAGAACAGGCUCCGUCCCUGCUGCCGGACCAGGAACAAAUCGAGGUCGUUUUGCCAUGCACACCUCUCCAAGUAUCAAUGCUGGCCGAGACAGCAAGAAACCCAGAAGCGUACUGCAACUGGAUCGAACUGGAGUUUCCGACGGACUGCCACGAAAACCAGAUACUGGCAGCCUUUGAGCAUCUCAGCCAGAGAAACGAGAUCCUGCGGGCAGGAUUUGUCCAUCUCCUCAACGGCCGCUUUGUGCAAGUGGUGUGGCGGAACUUGCCUCUUCCGCAACAGGCAGAGGACGACGCGUCGGUACCACACCGUAACCCGCAAGACAAUAUGCCCUUGGACGGACACGACAUCCAUAGACCCCUCAAACUCCGCCUCGUUCGACGGGACGGCUGUCUGCGCAUGCUCAUCGCUAUCCACCAUGCGCUUUACGAUGGGUGGUCGAUGGAUAUGAUGUUACUUGACCUCGAAGUGCUGCUUCGUGGCCAAGAGCCCGCUCCCCGCCCACAGUUCAGAGCUGUCUCGCAGUUCUACGCUUCUGAUGCAUAUGCUCACGCCUCGGACGAGGCGAGAGCUUUCUGGGCCCAGCAGCUUUUGGGGUUCCAGCCGUCACCUUUCCCGCUGCUCGUAUCUGCCACAAGCGAAGGGAGUAGUACAACUCUAUCGCAAACUUACACAAUCGACAUCGAACCGGGGUACCUGGAGGGGAUGGCGAGGCACAUCGAGUGCAGCCCACAGGCGGUGUUCCAAGCCAGUCUUGUUUGGCUCUGGGGCGCUAUUCUCGGCGCUGACGACAUUGUUAUCGGCACCGUCACCUCUGGUCGUACGAUCCCAAUCAUGGGGGUUGAGGACAUCGUGGGGCCGUGUCUAGCAUCUGUCCCCCUCCGAGCCAAGCUGGGGGAGGUCCGAACGCUGAAGGGGCUUGUGGGAUACCUUCAAUCCGCCAGCCGCGCACUAAUUCCACAUUGCAUCCUUCCGCUAAGCGAGGUCAAGAAAUCGGCUGACAUUCCGCUGACGCAAUCACUGUACGACGUGCUCUUUGUCUAUCAGGAGUCACUUGCGAGUCGCCGCCAGGGGGAAAGGAGUCUUGUCAGAGAGGUCGCCCACCAGGACUACCUCGAAUCCAAGCUCCUAGUGGAGAUUGAACCGUCGGUGCACCAAUUCUCCUGUCGCAUCACCUACCACACGGGCUUCGUACCGAGCGACUAUGUGUCUGGCUUUGCAGAGCAGUUUUGCUUCAUUUUGAAUCAUCUCAUCCACAACAUCGACGCCCAGGUCACUUCGCUUCGUGAUGCCUUCCCAGACACGCUCCUGUCCCAACACAACACUCCCCCGAGGGCACUCGAGGGUAACGCCGACCUUGCAAGUCUGGUGGAGGGAACGGCGGCAAGGUUCCCCGAGAAGCCGGCCGUCUGCUUUGCGGACGCUAUCCCGACCGAUGGCGAAGCGCAAACGCGGACUCUCAGCUACAGCGAUCUUAAUAUGACUGCAAACACAAUAGGUCGCCUCAUUCAGUCGUUUGGGGUCGAGGUGGGCGCGCCUGUGGCGAUUGUCAUGGAAAAGUCGGUCGAUCUAUACGCUGGUAUCCUCGGCAUCCUGAAGGCCGGCUGCGCAUAUCUCCCGUUGCUGCCCUCCACCCCUCCGCAGAGGAUCGACACAAUACUCAGACAAGCUGGAGUCCAGAUAUGCUUGACCGACACUGCCACGUCGCAGAGCUUGCAGUCUCUGGGAAACAACCUCCACGUCAUCAACAUCAUGAAAUCGAACCUCGAGGCCUUGUCAUCUGAGAACCUUGGCGUUGCACCUGACUCGACAAGGGUGGCCAACAUAAUCUACACAUCAGGGAGCACGGGAACCCCCAAGGGCGUCUGCGUAACGCAGCUCAACAUCGCUAGCAACCUUGAUGUGCUCUCCAGGAUAUACCCUCUCAGCAGCCGUGGGGCCUCGAGGAUGCUGCAAAGCUGUUCUCAGGCUUUCGAUGUCUCUGUCUUUGAGAUAUUCUUUGCUUGGAAGACUGGCAUGUGCCUUUGUUCGGCCACGAAUGAUAUGCUCUUCGUAGACCUCGAACAUGCCAUCCGGGCCCUGCAAAUCACACAUCUCAGCAUGACGCCGACUGUCGCAUCACUCGUCGAUCCCCAAAAUGUUCCCACCGUCGAGUUCCUCGUCACGUCCGGAGAGCCGAUGACCGAGCAGGUGGCGGAGAAAUGGACCGGGUUGCUCUAUCAGGGCUAUGGCCCUUCGGAAACCACGAACAUCUGCACCGUCAAAAAGAUGAGCCCUGGGGACCCUAUUCGACACCUAGGCCAUGGUUUCGAGAACACGUCGUCUUUCGUCCUCUACAAGGAUGGGACAUCAGAGCUAGUCCCCCAUGGGUGCAUGGGCGAGCUUUGCUUCGGCGGAGACCAAGUCGUGAAGGGCUACCUCGGCAUGCCCGAGCUCACAUCGCAGAAGUUCAUUGAGCACCCAUCCCACGGCCGCUUGUACCGGACCGGCGAUCUUGGGCGAAUGCUACCCGACGGUUCCUUGGUGACCAUAGGCCGGAUGGACGACCAGAUCAAGCUUCGUGGACAGCGGAUCGAGACCAAGGAGGUUGACUCUGUUGUGCGCGAGUCCGGGAAGGUCACCUCGGUCCUCACCAUGAUUGUAGCUCGCAGCGAUUCCGAGGUUGACCAGCUUGCGACUUUUUACGUCCCUGCCGCAUCAUGCUCUGUGGAUGUCAGCGCCACGCAGCACCGGAAAUCUCGUAUCUUUAUCAACGCCGCGUCGCCGCUCCUCGCCGUCAACGAGACCAUUUUCCGUUUGCUGGCCUCGAGCCUGGCCGCGUACAUGGUCCCAAGCUAUCUGAUCCCUGUGUCUUCAAUCCCCACGACACCAUCUGGCAAGGUUGACAAGGGGCUGCUGCGGCAGCUAUUUGAGAACCUAAGUCAACCCACAUUGGAGCUGGCGAGCGCCGGCGCCGGCGAUAGCCAUGACGAUGGCGAAUCCUGGUCGGAGCUUGAGACCACACUCGCCAAGACCAUCGCCGACGCCCUUGGUGUUGAUGCGCACCAUGUUCGGAAAUGGUCACCUCUUUCAAGCAUUGGGCUGGACUCGAUCUCGGCCAUCACAGUCGCUAGGCGACUCAGGACCUCAAUGGGCCUGAAAUUGUCCAUUUCACAGGUUCUACAAAGUGCCUGUGUUGCACGCCUCGCCCACCUGGCACAUGAAGCAGUAUCGCCCACUGACGAGAGCGCGUCUUCUCAUCACGCCGAUAUCACCUUCUUCACAGAUUCUUUCGUCGCCGAGAUCCAGGGUCGCUUGGGCGACCGGAGAGUCGAGGCAAUUCUACCUUGCACCCCUCUUCAAGCGGGCAUGCUCGCCAUGUCCUCGGGCAGCAGCAACUCGUCGUACCUAAACCAGAUGGUUUUCAAACUUUCCGUCCCCGGGAAGGGCAUGCAAAAAUGCUGGGAGGCAUUGGUGUCCCGGCAUGCCAUCCUGCGCACCUGCUUCCUCGCCACUGAGAUGGCAACACACCCGAUCAUCCAGGUUGCGUUGAAAGACUGGGCACCAAAGUGGCAGGUGUUUGACUUGUCAGCUGAUCAGGCUGCCCUCGAUGAGUGCCUACGAGCCUGCGAAUUAACUCUUGCGCCCGCUAUCGAUUCGAUGGAGCCGCCGGUCUCUUUUGCCCUUGCGCGCAGUCACGAUGCCGAAUACUUUAUCUUCACAUGCCACCAUGCUCUCUACGACGGCGUCGCAGUGGGAAGAUUGCUUCAGGAGGCCGAAUGGCUCCUGGAGCUAGGCGAUCAGAAGCCGCUACCGCCGCCCCCUCGUUACGAACACUUCCUGCGGGAGAUGCUUGCCCUGCCUGAGGACUCCGACGCUUUCUGGAAAGAUCAACUUGACGGCUUUCUGCCACGAUCUCUGCCGUCCCCUGGCGCCCAUGUCCGCCAUGAUCAAUCUCUGCCCGAAAAUCUCGAUCUCGGAGUUCCGCUUGACGAGAUCAACGGCCGACUGAAAGAUAUGGGAGUGUCUCUCUUGGCGAUGUGCCAGUCCUCGUGGGCUGUUUGUCUGAGCAUACUACUCGGACAAGCAGAUGUCUGCUUUGGGAACGUCGUUAGUGGCCGAUCUGUCGCGAUUGAUGGCAUCGAGAAUCUUGUCGCGCCGUGCUUCAAUACAAUUCCUGUGCGCGCCGACGUUUCCAAUGCCCGACACCACGUCGAUCUGGCCAGAUCGCUGCAGAAAUCUGGCAUCGAGGCAUUGCGCUACCAAUUCACUCCUCUCCGCCAACUUCAAUCCAUGCAUGCCGGCGCCGGCAGCAGCACCCGGCUGUUUGAUACCAUGCUUCUUCUCCAGCGGCCGCCAAGACCUCUCGACAACAACAUAUGGGUGUUGAACAGGGAUGACGGGACCAUGGACGUACCUCUGGUCUGUGAGCUUAUCCCGGAUCCGCAGAGCAACUUGCUCCAAGUCAAGCUCCAUCACGACAGCUCUCAAAUUUCGGCUUCGCUGGUCUUCUUUGUUUUCGGGCUCUUUUCCCAUGCAUUUCGCACAGCCCUUGCAUAUCCAUCAUCGCCAAUCCUGGCUCGAGCCAGCCUUCCCAACGAGCUCUCACGCAUGAUGCAUUCAUUGGAGCUGCGGCAGGAUACCUCCGCAGCCGCGAGUGUUUCUCCAGUCUACCAGACUCCACAAAGCGAGGAGUGGACCUCAACUGAGAGUGUUGUCCGAGGUGUGCUCUCCACAAUAUCAUCCACUGCAGAGGCUGUAAUUGGGAAGCAUACCACCAUCUACCAGCUUGGACUCGACAGUAUCAGCGCUGUCCAGAUCGCCGCAGCACUGCGUAAGCGGCAAUUCCAAGUCUCCGCAACGGAUGUUAUGGAACACCCGACCUGCCAUCGGCUCGCGGUCUUUGUCGACUCGGCAACGAGCAACGAUGCUGCUGGCUUGCCCGUGUACGACCUGCAUGCCUUUCAAGCGGAGUGCCAUGGGCAGCUGGCGCGCGACCCUGCCUAUCGCCACGCUUCGGCUGCCAUUUUCCCCUGCACGCCGCUCCAGCACGGAAUGCUCACCGAGUUCAUCAACUCCAAUGGGCACAAUUAUUUCAACUUCCUCCGCCUGGACAUUUCUAACUCAGGUGCUACCCCGGGUAGCAUUUUGGAGUCCUGGAAGCGUGUGGUGUCAAGUCACGAGAUACUUCGUGUCGGUUUUUUUGCUGUGGACCACAAAGAUGCCUCCUUCGCCAUGGUUGGGCGGUCAGACGUCGACGCCAUCCUCGUGGCGCAGAUUGAUGUGGUGGCAGACGGUGACACUGGUGCUUUCGAUAUGGAAAGAUGGCGAAGCGACGCGAGAAAGGGGGUGCGCGACGAGCUUGGCCGGCCUCCUUGGAGGCUUGCUCUAGUUGAAGACGAUCAGGGUAUCAUUCAGAUCCAUCUGGCCAUUCAUCAUGUGCUCUACGACGCCCACUCCCUCAACGCGAUACUUGAAGACUUCGCGGCCGCGUCCGGAGGCACAGAUGUUCACCCAUCGCGCAACUCAAGGAUCGCAGCCACUAUAUCCGACAUUAUGGCACAAAGCAUGAACAACAAAUCUGAGGCGCAAGAUUUCUGGAAAAGCCUUUCUUCCCGUGCGGUGGUCAACAGGUUCCCGGUCAUGACUCCUUUGCGAGUCGAGCAGCGGGCCAUUUGCGUCGAGAAGACUGUGGGAAGCUUCCCGUUCAGCGGCAUUGAGGGGGCAGCCAAGCUGUCUGGCGUCUCGGUUCAAGCCCUUAUCCAAGCAGCUUGGUCGAGGAUUCUGUGCUCGUACCUGGGAGAACCAUCGGUCGUCUUCGGGGUCGUGCUCUCAGGGAGAAACACGGAUGCUACUCAAAGCGCCGCGUUUCCCUGCAUCACCACCCUCCCCGUGAUUUCCGAGAACAGGGCGUCCAACAGAGAGUUGCUACAGCAGAUGAUGGCAUACAACACCAGGCUGCAUCGACACCAGCAGGUUCCCCUAGCUCAGAUACAGGGCUGGCUUGGGCUUCCUGACACACGUCUGUUCGACACACUUCUUGUCUAUCAGAAGUUUGAAGAUCGCGCAACGCCGUCUGGUGAGCAAUCUUGGAGGAUCGUCGAUGACACUGCCGCGGUUGAUUACCCGAUAUCCCUGGAAAUCGAGCCAUGUGGGGACCUGCUUCAUCACCAACUCGCAUUCUACAACGAUGUGAUCCCACGCGACCAGGCCACUCUGCUUUUGAAGCAAUUCGACUCGGCGCUCGCUCACCUUGCCUUCCAUCCCGACGCACAAGAAGACGAUCUGUGGCCCUCGGCUCCAUCCCUGUUCUCAACCACCCCUGCCUCAAAUCCCGAGCUCCCAUCGGAGAUCGUCUUUCUGCACCAGUUUGUGGAACGGAUGGCCCUGUCGUCUCCAGAAAGGGCGGCUCUGGAGUUUGUCUCUUCUUUCAAACCCGAUGGAGAACCCAUGCGACGCACAUGGUCGUAUGAGGAGCUCGAGGCGAACGGCAAUCGAAUCGCGAACUUACUCGAGCCACACACGCAGACGGGUGGGAUUGUUGCCGUCUGCUUCGACAAGUGCCCUGAAGCAUACUUCUCCAUCUUGGGGAUCCUAAAAGCGGGCUGCGCCUUUGUCGCUCUCGACCCAGGAGCUCCGCCUGCUCGAAGGCAGUUCAUCCUCGAGGACUCGGGAGCCACUGCGCUCUUGACGGACACCGAUCGCUCCGCGGCCUUGGACUUUGUCGCUUCAGUGCCUGUCAUUACCGUCGAUGAGCAGGUGCUUGAUGCGCUUUCCCCAGAUCCUCUCCAUGAACGGCAGAUCCAGCUCUCUCCGAACGAUCGAUGUUACUGCUUGUAUACCUCUGGCACUACCGGAACACCCAAGGGUUGCGAGAUCACCCACGAGAAUGCAGUCCAGGCCAUGCUUGCUUUCCAGGAGCUCUUCUCCGGCCACUGGGAUGAAGACUCUAAAUGGCUUCAAUUCGCGUCGUUCCAUUUCGAUGUUUCGGUGCUAGAGCAGUACUGGAGCUGGGGCGUUGGCAUCACUCUUGUCGCUGCGCCUCGAGACCUGAUUCUUGAAGAUCUCGUCGCCAUGAUCUCGAGGCUCGAGAUCACACAUAUCGACCUAACGCCUAGCCUAGCGAGGCUGGUGCACCCCGAUGAGGUGCCGUCUCUAUGUAGGGGCGUCUUCAUCACGGGCGGCGAGCAGCUCAAGCAGGAGAUUCUUGACGUCUGGGGCGACGCGGGAGUCAUCUACAACGCGUAUGGACCAACCGAGGCCACGAUUGGAGUCACAACCUAUCAGCGCGUUCCCCGAACCGGCCGCUCGACAAACAUCGGGAGGCAGUUCUCAAACGUGGGGUCAUACAUAUUCAAACCUGGCACGGAAAUUCCCGUGCUCAGAGGCGCGGUUGGCGAGCUGUGCGUUUCUGGGAAGCUCGUCGGCAAGGGGUAUCUCAACCGCGACGACCUAACCCGGGAGCGCUUCCCAAGCUUGGCCGGGUUUGGCGAGGAGAGGGUGUACCGCACCGGUGACCUUGUGCGAAUCCUGCACGACGGCUGCUUCGACUUUUUGGGCCGGGCGGAUGACCAAGUGAAGCUCCGAGGCCAGCGGCUCGAGAUUGGAGAGAUCAACCACUCGAUCCGCGCAGGAGUCCCCCAGCUCGAAGAUGUUGCCACUCUUGUUAUCCGCGACGAGAAGAAGUACAAGGACCUGCUUGUGACAUUUGUCGUAUCCAAAAACCUUGCCACCGCUGGGAGCGGUAGAGGAGAGACUUUGCGACCAGUAACCACCGCUGACGAUGGAAUCGGCGGAUCAACGCUGGCGCGGGACGUCCAAGCGGCCUGCCGCACAAGACUGCCCGGGUACAUGGUACCCACAUACAUCGUCCAGCUUCCGUUCAUACCACUGUCGUCAAACAACAAGGCAGAGGUCAAGCAGCUCCGCGAGCUCUUCAACUCGCUGACCCCAGAGGAUCUUAUGGCCGCCUCUGCUGCGGGACCUCGUGCCAGCUCUGCCCUUGAUGGAGGCGUCGCACAGAAAGUGGUGGCUGCUCUGCGUGCCAUGCACCUCCUUGACGGGAGCCAAAGCCCAUCCGCUGAGACUAGUAUCUUUGAGCUCGGCAUCGACUCGAUCUCGGUGCUCCGCUUCUCGAGGGCGCUUAAACGUGGCGGUUUGGACCAAGCGACACCGGCUCUGAUUCUCAAGCAUCCCGUUAUCGGAGACUUGGUGCACGCGCUGCAAACGGACUCGGUCUCUAGAGACGCGGGCGCCGCUCUUGAGGCCAGGCAACUGGUGGAAGCGUGUCAGCACAGAAACCGCGCGCAGGCCUGCCGGGCUCUUGGAGUCGCGUCGGAUCAGAUCGAGUACAUCGCCCCGUGCUCGGCCCUCCAGCACGGCAUGAUCUCCAUCUCCAAAAACGAGGAGAGCACCGGGGCCUACUUCAACGUCUUCACGUUUGAGCUGCACGAGACUGUGGACGUUUUUCGUCUGAAGGACUCGUGGCAGACCAUCGUCGAUUCGUUUUCAAUCUUGCGAACUAGAUUCCUCGCCUCCACCGAAGGCUUCAUUCAGGUUGCACUGAAAGAAGUCGCCCUCCCGUGGGCAGAGAUUGAUGUUGAGGAGGUACAACAAAAUGAGACCGGGCAGGGGGUUUUGCAGUCUCUUCAGAACAGAUGGAUCCAACUCAACAGCAAGGACGUCAUCGUCCCGAUGGAGUUGCACCUCGUCAAACUUCCGGCGCAGCAACGAGUGCUUCUAAAGCUCCAUAUCUUCCACGGCCUCUACGAUGCCAACAGCCUUGGCAUGAUCAUUGCCAAGGUAGCGGCGCUCUAUCUGGGAACUGAGCCCAUCGAGUCGCGAACCACAUUUAUCGACGCCCUCAUUCACGGCCCGCUUCGCAACUUUAGUUACACGAAAAGCUUCUGGGAGAGCCACCUCCUCGGCGCCGAACUCGUGCCGCUGCCUCAGCUCUGCCCUACUCCUGCGACGUCGGUUACCAGCGCCUCCCUGUCUCUUGAUUUCCAUGUGCUGGAGCCGGCGCGGCAACAACUCAAUGUCACGCAUUCCGCCGUGGUCCAGGCACUGUGGCUCUCGGUCCUCUGCGCACGCAUCCAGUCGUCUAUGACCAUAGGUGUUGUUCUUUUUGGACGCGCCAUCGAUGUCGAGAAUGCAGAACACGUCGUCGGGCCCCUUUUCAACACCCUGCCCUUCCACUUACCCGACGCUGCCAACUGCCAAACCUGGGCUGAUCUGGUGGAGUACUGCCACAACUUCAACACUUCAACACUGCCAUUUCAGCACACGCCGCUGCGGGACAUACAGAAGUGGUGCUCCGGCGGCCGUCCUCUGUUUGACACCCUGUUUUCAUGUCAGAGGGAAUCGCUUCCGUCAGCUGCCAUUACUGGAGGGCUCUGGACUGAAGUGCCACCAGAAGACCUGACGCCGGACUAUCCGCUCGCGUUUGAGGCUACAUUGACCCGCGGCAAUCGCCUCGAGCUCCUGCUUGUAGCGCAGGCUGGUGUUGCUGACAACGGCACGCUUGCCAGCAUGCUCGAUGACUUUCACCAAGCCAUGCUCCAGAUGGAGCAGAGCGUUGAAGGGCAAUGGAGCGCGAGGCCCAGACCAGGAGUGGUUGGCACUGGUCUGCGCCCAUCCAAUGCGCCGCCCAAGCAAAGCACAGACAGCCACACAGCGCACGCCGUCCCGUUCAUCUGGACAGACGCCGCGCUCAUUCUCCGGUCCGAGAUGGCCUCUCUCGCCGGAGUGGCUCCGGGCGACAUCAGUGACACCACUCGACUCCUCGAACUUGGAUUGGAUAGUAUUGAUAUUAUCAAGCUCUCGGCGCGCCUCAAGAAGCAAGGUCUUGUCCUCACGAAUAGCCAGCUCGUCAAGGGCCAAACCAUCAAGGCGUUUGUGGAUAUACUGGGGCAACCCGCAGGGGGAGACGGGAGGAAUCCGACCAGCAACUCAACUGAACAAUCUCACCCGUCGAGAACAGCAGCGCUUCGCUCUCGGAUCCAGGAUAUCCCAGGAGCAUUAGACGCGGACAUGGUGGAGGCAGUGCUGCCACCAACGCCUCUCCAAGAUGCCAUGGUGGCCGACACGCUGGACUCGGGCUUCCGACGGUACUACAACCACGACGUGCUCGAGAUUCCCCCGGGCGUAGAAUUGAGUCGGCUCCAUGAGGCCUGGCAGACAGUGAUGGACGGAUCGCCGGUACUUCGCACAGUAUUCGUGCAGGUCGAUGAUACCGAUCUCGACUUUGCUUUUUGCCAGGUCGUGCUCCGGGAGAUGAAACUACACUGGGAAGUGCGAGAGCUACACACCACGGCAGAAAUCCAAGGCGAAAUAGAGCAGCUACGACAGCGAGCUGAGUCUUCGGCCGGCAUGGCCAACUUGCUGCAGCUCACGCCGAUCCAGGUCGGAAAGCAGAAUUUCCUCAUCUUAUCCAUCGCCCAUGCGCUCUACGACGGGUGGUCUUUGGAUUUGCUGCAUCGCGACGUCCGAGACGCCUAUGCCGGGCGAUUCAAGCCGAGGCCGCCAUACGUUGACUAUCUCGACCACAUGCUGCUCUCAGCCACCGCCGAAGCAAACGACUUUUGGGUCGACUCUCUGACAGGAGCCACCCCGACCAGCAUCCAGCCACAGAAACUCCAGGUCGGAAGCGUCAAACAGAGAGACCAGCUGCAGUCGUCACCCAUACUGGUGCAUCGGUUAGAAAGGGAGUCCACGGUCGCCGCGGCAGAUCUACUUUCCUUUUGCCGGCGCCAAGCCGCCAGUCCUCAGGUGGCCGGGCAAGUCUGCUGGGCAGCCGUUCUGAGCCGUCGCACGCAAUCGCUCGAUGUGACAUUUGGCAGCGUCCUGUCUGGGCGCGAGACGGAAGCGGCCGAGGCUCUCCUGUUCCCCACUAUGAACACGGUCGCCGUGCGCACCGUCCUUCACGGCACCGUCGGCACCCUCCUGCGCUACGUGCAGGAGAACAUGGCAGGCAUCAACCAGUUCCAGCACUUCCCGCUCAGGAAAGCGCAGCGCCUAGGCGGCGCCGGCGGCACGGGCGAGGCGCUGUUCAACACGCUGUUCAUCAUGCAGAAACGGCGCGUCGACGAGGCCGACGACAACGAGGACAUGAUCAUGCGGUCCGUGGACGGAUCCUCGAGCGUCGAGUACCCAGUCUGCGUCGAGAUGGAGAUAGUGGGCAGCCAGAAGGUCGUGUGGCGGACUGCCUGCGACGAUUACUUCCUUUCCAGGCGAGAAACGGCCGAGCUCCUCGGCGAGCUCGACAGCGUGCUGAGGUUCCUGCUCCGCUCGUCGCACGACACGUCCAUCUUCACGUCGACUGUCGCAUCCGCGGCCGGCGGCGCCUCGGCUUCAAGCGAGGUCUCCGUCUGCGGGCUGCCGCCUUUCCACCUCCGGACCCGCAACAGCUCGUCGUCGGCCACCGAGUUCUCGGCACAGACAGAUACCUCGACGCUCGUCGAGGAUCAGCACUGGACGCCGCUAGAGGAGACCAUCAGAGACGUCCUCGCCCGGGUCAGUGGCGCCACGGACCCGUCUUCGGUCAAGAAAACAUACAACGUGUACCAUCUCGGGCUGGAUUCUAUCAGUGCCAUCAAGGUGGCUUCGUUGCUACACAAGAGGGGGGUCGAGCUACGGGUCCCUGAGCUCCUCGGCGCCGAGAGCUUGGAAGAGAUGGCCACCAUUGCCUCGGGCCGGGCCGCCAGCCAAAGCUCCUACUCACAAAUUUCUACACACCCCGAGCCUGUCGCCGCCGCCCCAGAAGGCGCCAAGGUCUAUGAGGAGGCGGCCUCGCAGGCAAUGCUCGAUCGCAUAAGUCACCUUGACCUGGUGCAAAACGCAGGCCUGAGGCUCGAGGACAUCCAGAAUGUGCUGCCUGCCAGCGCGAUGCAGGUGCACAUGAUAUCGGCUUGGCAAAAGUCUGGUGGCGAGGUUUUCUUCCCAGAGUUCAGGUACCAACUUUCGGGCGUCGCCGACGACUUCAGUGCGGACGAAUUGGCCGCUGCGUGGCGGAGCCUGGUUCACCAAACGCCGAUGCUCAGGACCGUGUUCCUCCCCACUGGCGUCCCAGAUGCGCCAUUCAUCCAGGUCGUGCUGGACCCGGCGGCUCCCUACUGCCUGCGCACCUAUGGCGACGUGAGCGCACCCGACGGUGGCAGCAGAGGGGAGACCAGCCCUGAUUAUCCUAUCCAACCCCUCGUGCAUCUCGCCGCCAACAAAGAUUCCGUUGGCACAGGCCGCAACUGGACGCUGUCGCUGAAGAUUCUGCACGCUCUCUACGAUGGCUUCAGCCUCCCUGCCAUCAUGACGCGCUUCGAAGAGCUCCUGGCACGCAGCAAUGAGGGCAAGCUGCUGCUCCUCCAGCAUGUACCUAAAAGCGAUGUCGCGGGCGAAUGGGCAUCUCGCCUUGCCCAGCAAGUCUCGCGGCCGACAAUGGAUGCACGCAGGGCUUUCUGGACCGACUAUCUGCGCGAGGCAGCAUCGACGCCUUUCGCGGCCCCUUCACCGACUCUGACCUCGGGGCCGGACAUCGACCGCACCAGGGUGUCCAAGUUCACGCCACAGGCAAUCGGCGACGCGUCCCUGCUCCGCGAGGCGUGCGCCUCCAAAGGCGUCAGCAUCCAGUCCGCCUUCCUCGCGGCCGUGUGGAGGAUGCUACAGAGAGACGAGCGCACGGACGUGGUCUUUGGCGUCUACCUCGCCAACAGGCAAUGGCACGACCAAGACGGCAGAGACGAGGGCGAGCAGGAUCCCCUGGCGUCCUAUCCCACCCUGGCCCUGCUGCCGCUGCGGGUGCGCUGCGGCGCGGGUGCCGACCUGAUCACGGCGGCUCGGGCAAUCCAGCAGGACCUCGGGAGCAUCAUGUCGGACCCGGCCAACACGUCGGUCGGGCUCUGGGAGAUCGAGGAGUGGGCGGGCAUCCGGGUCGACUGCUUUGUCAACUUUCUCGGCCGCCCGUUUGCGGAAAGGGCUGGUGCAACAGAAGGCGUUAGACUGGGGCAGCUUCAUUUCUCCGACGAGACGCAACCGCCGCUGCCCGCCUCGGCGCCUUUCGGGACGAAGCCAUGCGGUCAGCUUAUUCUGGAGAACAACGUGGUCCGAGAAGCGUUUCCCGACACAAUCGAUAUCGAAGCGGCCCUGGGUCACGAGGGUGGCCUGGACAUUGGAGUGUUUGGCCCCUCGAGCAUGCUUGGGGGAGACCGAGGGGCGGAGGAUUUGAUAUCGAUGUUGACCGAAUAUCUAGCACUAGAGGCAUAA